AUGCUCGAAAUCCAGCACGAGGCUCAAAUCUUGGAGAAGGUGAUGGAUACCGGAGGCGAGCCCACCAUUGCCGCGCCGGAGAAGCUCCAGGACCUAGCCCGAGAAACAGAGUAUUUUGACGACGAGCCGGUUCUUGACGUCAACGUUGCGUCGGUGGAGAAGUUUCAGGAUCUAGCCCAACAACAACUGGAGUAUUUUGAACCUCACGAGGAGAAACCUGUCGCCGCUGCUGCUGCUGCUGCUGAGGAGAAUGAGAAUUUGGCGGUGGACGCUGAGGAGGAACAAUUGAAGACCUGGAAUCUGUUUAUUUCAUGGACGUCGGCGAUCAAGCCAAUGCGGGGAGAUGCAGCGGCGGCGGAAGGACACGACGAUGGCGAACAAGUAGAAGAUGGAUUUUCUUUUGAUACACUUGGUUAG